AUGUCCGAGCACCAUCAAGGUAUCUCCCUGCUAAAAAUCGCCGGGAAAAUCUUUGCUUGCAUUCUUCUCAAUCGUCUGAGAAACCAUCUGGAAGAAGAUCUCCUGUCGGAAAGCCAGUACGACUUCCGUCAUUAUCGCGGAACCGCCGACAUGAUCUUCGUUGCCCGCCAACCGCAGGAGAAGUAUCAGGAGAUGCGGAUCCACCUCUACUCUACAUUCGUGGAUCUGACGAAGGCCAUCGGCGCAGUAAGUCGCGAAGGUCUGGGGAGGAUAAUGCAGAAAUUCGGCUGUCCUGAGCGAGUCACUCAGAUGGUGCGUCGGCUCCACGAUGGCAUGACGGCGCGCGUCACGGCCAAUGGAGUCGUCUCAGAGGCAUUCUCAAUGACCAACGGAGUGAAGCAGGGCUGCAUCCUCGCGCUUACACUCCUCGGUCUGAUUUUCUAUGCCUUGCUGCUGGACGUCUACCGUAACGAACUCUCUGGGAUUCGCGUAGCCUACAGGAUGGACGGCCGACUCCUCAAUCAGUGGCGGAUGCACUUCCAGUCGCGUGUAUCCGCAACUUCCGUCCAUGAACUUCUUUUCACUGACAACUUUGCUUUCAACGCCACCUCCGAAGGGGACAUGCAAAGGAGCAUGGACCUCUUUGUCGCCGCCUGCGACAACUUCGGCCUGAUCAUCAGCACGGAGAAGACGGUGAUUAAACACAAACCGCCACCCGAUGCUGUCUACGUCGCAUCCCAAAUUAGCAUGGAGGGCGCCCAACAGCAAGCCGUGGACGACUUCACCUACAUUGACAGCACCCUCUCUUGCCACACCAAAAUCGACGAUGAAAUGGCCCGCCGCACUUCAAAGGCCAGCUAA